CUUCAAGCGGCCCUGCUUCAAGCUCUUCUCUGUUUUCUGAAAAUAAGACGACGGGGAUGUUUGAAAAGAAGAGUGAAGGAAUUGUGUUUGGUCAGCCUGGCUGGGUCGCUGGUACGAACGCAAACAAACAGCUGCCUGGCUUGGAUAAGCCCAAACCUACCACAGAAACGUUCACAGCUCCACAACUUGUUGCAUCUCAAGGAGUUGACAGCGCUCCAGCGACGAUGAACUCUUCUAGGCGUCAAGCGCAGCAACCCAUCGAUGCUAAGACCUUCGAUGCAUCUUGUCAACCAUCUACAAAGCCUCCACCCGAACAGAGUCAGCCUCCCGCUACGACGGCCCCGAGCAUAGCAACAACCGAUGGCGAUAUCUUCACAUGGAUUGGAGAGUUUGUCGACCUGGAAGCGCCAGAUAUGGCCCCUAUGAAAUCGGAUCUGCAGGUUCUCCACAGCGCAAUUGCCACUUUUGAGGGCAAUAUUAGCCAGGUCGCCAUGAACAUGUCUCAAAUCCUGGCUGCCACCCAUGUGAAGAGCAGCGAGUUCAGAAAGUUGAAGACUGAGCUCUCUGGAACGGGUAUCGGCACGGGAACUCCGAGUGCUGCUCGCGAUGCAAAGAUCAAGCAUGUCGAGAGCUUGAAAAAACAACUCCUGGGUCUGCACAUGGCGUUGAAGGAUCACAAGUCUAAAAUCGAUAGCCUACGCAGCGCUUUCGUGGACACCUUACUCGCACCGCUCCAGACCUUUGCCCGCGUAAACAAAUCAUCGUGGGAAGCGCAGCUAGAGGAAAAGAACAACUACAUCAGCGAGCUACGCGUCAAGCUGCUCAACCUAGAACAAAAGCUGGCAACAGCUAUGAGCGACUUGACUAAGAUUAGAGCUUGGUCUGAGGAGCUUACUACUAAGCUGGAGUUCGCCGAGAGCCGUUCUGCGAUGCAAAACAAUGAACAUCGCAAGAAGAUGGACAACAAGAUAGCGGAGAAGGACACCGAGAUGUACAACGCACUGUACGCUCAGAAGCUCAAGUACAAAGCUCAGGUGGAACAUGCAGAAGCAACGGAGCUGCAAAACCGGAAGGCUAUGACUAAGAUCGAUGAGAUGGAGAGCACGAUACGGGCUCUAGAACGAGAGAAGAUUGGUCUAAACAUGGCCAAAGGAGCAGUCGAGAAGGAGUUAGGCGAUCUCGAGAUACAGGUCGAUCAGUGGAAGAGCUACAAGGAUGCCUACGAUCAGAUCAAGCACCAGUUCGACAGCCUCCAGGUCUCCUUUAAUGACGCUGUAACGGAGCGCGACGAGCUGGUGGAGAAAGUGCAGGCCCUGGAGACAAAAGAACAGGGCAAGAGCCGCGAUGAGCAUGGACUUGCCACAACGGAAGUCGCGUCGACCGUUCCACGCCAAAUAAAUCAUGCUCCUACGACAAAUGCAGACCGUCUUGACGGCUUGGCGGACCACUGGAAGAACCGACUCAAGCUCACGAUGGAUUCAGUGGAGAAGAAGCGCACAGAUAUCGCAUGGCAUGACUCUGAGAUUGCCAAAAUACAGCGCCACUUCGAGCCGCCUCCAGUACUCCCUCAGCCUACACAAGACUCUCGCUCAAGACCACCGUCGACCGUUGAUACGGCCCAAGUCCAGCCGUUGGAUGUAGGGGAAAUUCCCAUGAAUGAUGAAGACCACUUCUUGAAUCCAGAAGCAAGCGCAUUUCAACCAAACUCUGGAUACGACGGGUUGGCUGCUGUUUCCGGUCGAUCUGGACGCGUGCCAGUACAAACCUGGGCAUCUAGGGCUACGGGUCUGGCUCCAUCUACACGCCGCCCUUCUCCGCUCCAGGCUCGAAAUACUGGACAUCAGGCCAGUGAUCAGCCUGGCUUGGGGCGCGAGACCGCAACGUAUGGCCCGCUGAAUCCAGAGUACGAGUGGCAAGAAGUUUCCCGAAAUAGGCGGGAGAGAGAUGAGAGCCUUCGUAGGAGCUAGAGUGGAUUUCGUUCUAUAUGUAGUCUGAUUGUGAAUGGUCGAGAAUGUUGUUGGGAUAUUAUGGGAGGGUGUAUUUGACUGCUUUAAAGAGAUACGAACACGUUGAUCUUGAGGUUCUGUAGCUGGCUAGUUUGCGGACAGAGCAUGCUUACUAUCAACGAAGUUAUUCGAAUCGCUUCUUCCAUAAACACUUAAAUGCAAUCGUGGUAUUCUUGAUUUUGGAAUCUU